AUGUUUUUUUACCCCCCAGACUAUGCCGCAGCCCAGCCCAUGGCGGGGGCCGGCCAGGCUUUGGUGCUGCCCGUCCUGCUCUGCUGCCUGUGCCCAGGUGCUGCGAGCUUCGAGUGCAAGGGGCGCGUGUGGAUCGAGCCCGCGCCCGUGGUGCUCCUGGGCUCCGACAUCGCCGUCGGCUGCCGCUCCUGGCUGGGCUGCCCCUCGCAGCAGCUCCUCAUCCUCCUCAACUACAGCCGCCCCCCGGGGACCCCGCUGGCCCUGCCCGGCGGCGCCGUGCUGCUCCGGCUGCGCCGCUUCCAGAUGCCCUUCGCUAUUGUCGCCUGCUUCUCCCGCUGUCCCCACAGCGACCGCCUGGUGUGCGGCACGGAGCUCCGGGCGGGCUACCCCCCGGACCCCCCCGGCAACCUGAGCUGCGCCAUCGCCGAGGGCUCGGAGCGCCUGGAGUGCGGCUGGGAGCCGGGACGGGUCACGCACCUGCCCACCCGGCACAGCCUCCACCUGCGCAGGGCGGUGGCACAGGAUGAGGAGGAUGAGGAGGAUGAGGAAGAAAAGACCUUCCCUGCAGACUCACCUGUGCUGCUGAGAGAGCUGCACAAUGACAGCCACUACUCGGUGUGGGUGCAGGCCAGCAACGCGCUGGGCACUGCCCGCUCGGCCCCGCGGCGCCUCCGCCUGCAGGAGCUCGUGGUGCCCGCUCUGCCCGUGGCCGUCGGCGCCAAGACCACGGACACGUCCCCUGCCAUCACCACCACCCGCUGGAGGAGCCGGACCCGGCUGAGGAGCGUGCACUGCGAGGAGAGGCACAGGGCCACGGGCACCCCGACGUGGCAUGUGAGCCCCCCGGGACCCCCCAAACCCCCCUACCUGUCCCCGGUGGAGAUGUGUGACAAGGUGCCACAGGAGGGUCCCCGCUGGCAGCACGAGCUGCAGAGCGACACCGAGUUCGUGUUCCAGGCCAGGUGCCGGCUCGGCACCGCCCACAGCCCCUGGAGCGCCUGGAGCCCCCCCUUCCUGUACCGCACCCCCGAGGCAGCCCCCGCCGCCGCUCCCGCCGUGUGGCGCCGCCUGGGCCGGGCGCUGCCCGACGGCAGCCGCGAGGUGACGGUCUUGAUCAAGCCGCUGGCCCCGCGGGAUGCCCGCGGGCGGAUCCUGGGCUACGCCGUGAGCGCCGGGAGCGCGGCGGGAGCGCGGCCGCUGUGCCGCACCGCCGGCACCGAGUGCGCCGUGCUGGUGCCGCCCGGAGCCCGCAGCCUCCUGGUCACCGCCCGCAACGCCAAAGGGGUCUCCAGCCCGGCCAGCAUCCCCCUGAACCGGGCUGCAGAGCAGGAAGAAUUCCCAGCCCCAGAGGCCGUGGAGGUGAAGCCUGAGCAGCAGAGCAGGGUCCUGGUUCAGUGGCAGCCCCCCCAGCCCAGCCAGAGCCCCCCGCUCUGGUUCAUCCUGGAGUGGCUCUCCAGCCCCCAGCACGGCCAGCGGGAGCAGUUCUGCUGGGAGAGAAUCCCACACCGGGAAACGCACACCUACAUCCAAGCCCCUGCGGAGGAGCCGCUCCUGGGCAGCGCCUACAGCGAGCCGUCCCAGGAUGAUGACAUCCGAGUUUUCCUGGGACUGAGCCUCAGCGUGCUCGGAUCAUCCGUUCUCUUUGCAAUUGUGAUGUUUAAAAAAUCAGUCAGGAAAAGGGUUAAGGCCGCCCUGGUGUCCCUGCUGCCCAAGUGGCUGCUUGAGGACUUUCCCCACGUGGAGAACAGCAGCGUGGUGAAGUCACUGCAGGACAAGGCAGAUUUCCCCAGCUCCAUCCUCCAGGAGCCCUUCCUGGCCUCCGCUGACCCCGCACUCUCGGAUGUCCAGGAGGUGCCGGCGCAGGAGCGGCACCAGAGCCUGGACAGCGAGGCCAGGGCGGAGGUGCCCGAGCCCAGGGAUGUCCCAAGGACCGUGGUGGUCCCCAGCAGCCUGUCCCCAGAGCAGUUGGGUGCCUACAAGCCCCAGCUCUCCGGCGGGAACGCUUUGGGAUACGUGGCUGCCGGGAUCCACCAGACGCAGCCGCCCGCGGCCAUCCCGCAAGCAGAGGUGGGAAUGUCCCGCCUGGACUACAGCAGCCCCGUCCCAAAGCUGUGGGAGCAGCAGGGAGGGACACCCCAGCUGUGCCUGCUGGACAAGAUCAACCUGGUGCUCAACAGCAGCCUGGAAUUCCCGGGGCAGGCCGGACACGGAUCCGUCCCGGAGCAGCGCUGGGAGCUGCCCGGCGAUGGCCCCGAGCAGAUGCUGGUCCCCGAGGAGCUGCUGUCCUGCCUGAGAGCCACCAACAGGGACCCUGCCUCCCACAGAGCAUGGCAGGGCUGCUCUGAGAGCGGCUGGAAUUGGGGAUAA